GCGGCGGCGGCGGGCGGGUCGACUAGUCAGUCGGUGUCUCCUUCACUUCGUCCUCCAGUUCGAGCGGCCGCAGCCAGCGCGGCCUCCUCACGGCGCGGCCCUCCCGGCUCCCCUCGGACAGCCCCGCCGGCCAGAUUCAUUAGAUUGGCCUAGCUAUGACUUAUCCUCCACCAUGUUCCCCUCCGCCUCCGAGACCUCCAAUGGCAAUCCCUCCAUCAUAUGCAGAUCUUGGCAAAUCUGCCAGAGAUAUCUUCAACAAAGGCUAUGGUUUUGGGCUGGUGAAACUGGACGUGAAAACAAAGUCUGCAAGUGGGGUGGAAUUCACAACAGCUGGUUCAUCAAACACAGACACAGGGAAAGUGAAUGGGAGCUUGGAGACCAAAUACAAAUGGGCUGAGUAUGGUCUGACUUUCACAGAAAAAUGGAACACAGAUAACACUCUGGGAACAGAAAUUGCGAUUGAAGAUCAGAUUGCCAAAGGUUUGAAGCUAACGUUUGACACAACCUUCUCACCAAACACGGGGAAGAAAAGUGGCAAAAUUAAGUCAUCUUAUAAACGUGAAUGCGUAAAUCUUGGUUGUGAUGUUGACUUUGAUUUUGCUGGACCUGCGAUCCAUGGCUCGGCAGUCGUUGGUUAUGAGGGCUGGCUUGCUGGUUAUCAGAUGACUUUUGAUAGUGCCAAAUCGAAGCUGACAAGGAAUAACUUCUCUGUGGGUUACAAAACUGGAGACUUCCAACUGCACACUAACGUCAAUGACGGGUCAGAAUUUGGUGGCUCAAUUUACCAGAAAGUGAGUGACAGUCUUGAUACUGCUGUAAAUCUAGCUUGGACAGCAGGCAGCAACAGCACUCGUUUUGGUAUUGCAGCUAAAUACCAACUGGAUUCCACUGCUUCCAUCUCUGCAAAAGUGAACAACUCUAGUUUAGUUGGAGUGGGUUACACCCAGACCUUGAGGCCAGGUGUGAAGCUUACACUUUCCGCCCUGGUAGAUGGGAAGAGCAUCAAUUCUGGAGGUCAUAAACUUGGUCUUGGUCUGGAGUUGGAAGCUUGAAACAGCCGAAGAAACUGCUGCAAGGAAGGGAUAUCAGAAGAAUUUGGCCUUAAAAAUGUAUUUCCAAUGUGAUCAGCAGGCUUUUUUUCCC